CUACACCCAGCCGGAUCUGAUCUGCUGACGUGUCGGCUCCUCCAGUGCUCAUGCUCCAGCAGCAAGAGUCAAGCCAGGCAACAGAAACUGCCAGCAUGGCAGCAAAACACUUUUACCGACAGGGCUUUUUAUUACUUUUAUUUAAUUUUAUUUCAACUGCGUCCUUGGAAAAAAGGUUCUCCGACUUUAAAAGAUGCGCCGAUGAGGAGUGCAGCAUGCUUCUGUGUCGGGGAAAAGCUUUGAAAGAUUUCUCUGGACCAGACUGUCGGUUCCUGUCGGUCAAGAAAUCAGAAACUGUCUAUGUAUACUAUAAACUGUCGGGCAGAAAGACGGGCAUAAUGGCUGGAAGUGUUGGAAGUCACUUUGGAUAUUUCCCAAACGAACUUCUUGCAGUUAACCACGUUUAUACUGACAAAGAAAUUGAAGUUCCAGCAGAGGAAACAGAUUUUGUCUGUUUUGACACAGGAUUUGAUAAGUUUAACAAUUACGACAUAGAUUUACUGUUAGCCUCUUCACCGGUGAAUGAUGGUGAAAAUGAGGAAACAUCUGACCAAAUCGUAGUGGCAGAGGAGGCGCAGAAAGAAACGCAGCCAUCAGCAGAAGAGGGAACUGACAGUGAAAAAGAAACUAAGUAUCAUGAUAACUCUGAGGAUCUUGAUAAAGUCCCAGUUGAUCAAAGUGCCUCUUUACCUGAACUUGACGUGGCAACUGAAUCACCUUCUACAAAAGAAGUGGAUUCUCAUACAGCAGCCACUCCUGAUGCUCCUGGAGGAGCUGCAGAAGACACCGAAGUUAAGACAGAAAAGGCAGAAGAGUCCAUUCUUGAAAAUGUUGUUUCAGAAAGGAGUGAAACCAAAGAUACACCCACAAACUCUGAGGUGGAAUCUGUGCCCAAAGAUGAUUUAGUUCCAGAAAACGAACCAGUCACGAUUUCUGAAGGAGGGAAAAUCCCUGAGUUAAAAACUACCCUUGGAACGACUUUCGAUGCCGUCACCACCGACGAAGAAAUCACCAAGAAUGUAACCCCAUAUGAAGAGGAGGAAAGCGAAUAUGUGGAGAAUCAGCCCGAAGACGACAUUGAUGUUAAAGCUGAAAUUCCAUUGCUGUCUUUCUCCAAAGAAAACGUGAACACUCCUGCAUCUGAUUCCCUCAGACAUCUUGAAAGUCCUCCAACAACACAGGAAUCUAAACCAGAGGCUGCAGAGAAGAAGAACAUGUGGACAACUUUGGGAGAUGCUGUUUUUUCAGUUGUCACCGGGGGUGAGAGGACGGCACAAGAUUUGAGCUCAGAGGAAGACGAAGAGGAUGAGGUAGAAGAAGCUGUAGAAGAAACCCCUCAGAGUUUUGAAGAAGCAAAGAAAGAACCAGAGGAACCACUAUCGGCAGAAUCACCAAAAGAGCCGGAGAACAUAGAGUCAGACAUAAAGCCAACUGAUGAGCCGAUACACCAUCAAACAGAAGCGAGUACAAUAUCAGUGGAUCCGGUAUCACAAGGGGAUACUUCUGCCAUUCCUGAGUCGCAAAACUCAGAUGAUAAAACAACAGAUGAACCCAUUGAGCACAAAGAGGAAGAGGAGGAAUAUGACGAUGACGAUGAUGAAGAUGAAAUAGACGAUGAAUUGGACGAGCACACAACUGAUCAAGAAUUAGCCGGUACCGAAACUGCAACACAUCAGGACCCGAUCGAGGAGAUUCAAUCAAAUACUUCAGAUGUGACAGACGACGAUGAAAAGGCGGCAGGUGACGGUCUACCUAACAUGACAGAUUUGGAGAGGAAUAACAGUCAACCAGAUUUAUCUGUGGAGGAACUGGAGAUUCACGAGGAACAUAUUACAGAGGAGUCGACCGAUGACGAAGAGCAAGAGAUAAAGGAACAGAAAGUGGUGGAGAAAGAAGAAUUGCUUGAAGAUGAAAAUGCACUUAAUUCCUCACAAUCGGAGAACUCUGACGAAGCCUUACCUGAAACGGCUCCGCCCACUGUGUCGACCCCGGAGCCACAAUACAGCGACAGCGUCAUGAGACUGACUCUGCUCCGAAACCAUUUCACGGAGAAGAACAUGGAGCGGUUCCAAAAGCUUCUGGGACUCGGGAAUCUCUUCAAAGUGGAAGAGAUGUUCUCUGACUUGGACACAGAAUUGCAGGUUAGUCGUCUCUCUCAAUCGGGUACCACGCAAGACAUUGAAAAUGCCCUCGAGGGCAUCCUGGAAGUAUCCGAGAACUCUAUUCUGGACGAGAUUGAGAAGAUGCUGGAUGCCCGAGACACGAAACACAAUCAUGACCAACAUACGGACACGAGUAGUUCGGAUGACGAGACUGAUAUACUGGAUGACUUCCAGGAGCUCGCAUUCAGCCUACGACAGAAGUAUUCAACAGCCAGUGACAGCACGCUUCUGGCUACAGAAAAAACUCCAGAUAUUGAACAAGAUGAACACAUAUUAAAGGUGACAGAUGACACGCCCCACAUUGUUGAAGAAGACAAGGUUGGCAGCGUCCCUGAGGCCGAGAGGGAUGACAACCUCACUGUAACGGAUCACGAGGAACAGCCGGCAGAGACUAAAGAAGAGCAGUUGGUUUUAGACGAGGUGCACAGUGGAUCGGAUGUCAAUGUGGAGGAGGAUGGCGGACACUUUAAUAAAAACAAAGACAAUCAGCCGAGCUUCAGUGCAUCAGACGAGAUGCAGAAGGUCCCUCAGGCCACUCUGGAAAAUCCAUUAGACAUGGGCCUUGGUGUCGAGGUUGAGCACUCGCUCUCAGGAUCUUUGGACUCCAUGGAACCAGUGUCGGAAAUUCACGAAGAAGAAGUGGGAAUAUUAUCAACUGGGAUUGUUUACAUGGGCUGCAUCCUUUCGAUAACGAAGAGUAAAAUUGCAGAGUGGACUGUUGAGGUGAUUUCAUUACUGCCAGAAGAAUGGAAGCCGGGGGAAACCUUGUUUGGCUGUCCUUGGCAAGCUGUUGUGCUCACUGCUUUGGUUGGAGUAGUGACCUUCACCCUCUUCUUCUGGAGGACCGUGUUGGCAGUAAAGAAGAGAGAAUACCUUGUGGAUGAUAAAAGGCUCGCGGAGCAAAUUUUGGCGCUCAAAAAAGAGAAGAAUGACGCCAUCGCCAAUAUGUCAGCUCUCCAGAAACGGACUGAACACCUAAAAGAAAGUCAAAAACAGUCAAAGGAAACGGUUAGUUCUACAAAGAAAAGGAUGCAAGACCUGGAGAGUAAAGUUUUGGAGGCAGAGACACGGAAUGAACACAUGUCUGAGGAAAAGAACAAAUGCGCGAAACUACUCGAAGACGAGAGGGCAAACUCUCUGCAUAAUGGCACCAGGAUUGAGAAACUGGAGAAGUCAAACGAGAAGCUACAGUUGAGCAGGAAAAAGACUCAGGAAGCUCUCUCUAAGACUGCCGUUCUCUUGGACGAGGCCAAGAUUCGCGAAGAUGCCCGAAAUGUUCACCACAAAUGUCUUGAGAAAGAUUAUGCAGCACUAAAAGAAGAAAAUAAAAAGUUUAAGACUACCAUAAAGAGCUGGGAGGACAAACACAAGGAGCUGAACGAGCAGAUUAAAGUCUAUCAAAAGUCUCAGAAAGAGCUGGAGGACUCUGUGGUGCUCAAAGAUCACAACGUGGAGGUUCUUUCCGAACUUCUGGCAGACCUAGACGCUUGUGAUUCACAAAAAGGUGACGCCAUGGUUUUAGCCAAUGGUGAAGUAGCACCUGUGUCUUUUUCGGACAAGAAAACGGCCAUAAAGAACAGGAUCAAACAGAUGAUGGAUGUUUCUCGGGUCCAGACCACUCUCAUUGUGGUCGAAGAAGAGCGAGAUCGCUUCAUGACCAAACUGCUGAAUGAAGAGAAGACUAGAAAGUCACUGGAAGAACAACACCAGGAGCUGGAGCAUGCAAUCGCAAGCCUAAAGAGCAAUAAGAGCCACGUUGAAAACCAGUUCAAGAUCCUCCAGCAGAAAAACGAAAUCAUGGUUGAAAUGUAUCAGCAGAAGGAAAACGCUUUGCAGCAGAGGCUAACGAAGGAAGAGUUGGAGCGACGCAGCAAAGAGAGUCAGCUGUGUGAGGUGGGAGGGAAAGCAGUUGAGGCCGAGGAGCAGGUGAAAGUCUUACGGCACCGCAUUAAUGAGAUGGAGGAGCAGAUGAGGAAGACCGAGGAAGUCUAUAAAGAGCAGGUAAAAGAACAGGAAAACAAGACUCACUCAAACUGGGUGAACGCUCGUAAUGCGGAGCGCGCUCUGAGUCAAGAGAAGCUUGAAUCGUCAAAGCUCCGUGAAAAACUGGCUGUACUUACCUCCCAGCUUAAUGAGCGCCGCGCUCCUCUCUUCAGACCGAACUCUGGACAAACUGCCGGCCCUCGCCAAGGUGAUUCAUACGGGCCCUCUCCUGUGAGUGGGGGUGCACCAUCCCCUCCCAUAAUGAUAGAGGGUCCCAGGCGCCCUCCUUCUGCCCCAGUGGGGCGAAGAAUUGACCCGUAUGGUCCACGACCUCCCUCAGACCCACACGGUCGUUACCCUGAACACAAGCACAUCUCUGGGAUGGACAUGAUGGGCCCCCGCAGCUCAUCACCGGCCAACAUUGAUGCAUCUACACAAGCAGUAGAUCCACAGAUAAUAGCAGAGACACAGGCUGAGGCCUCCGCAGACAGCCCAGAGCCAGGACCUGGAUCCUUCCUCGUGUCUCCGAUCAGGGACUCUCCAGGCUCCAUGGUCCAGGGAGCUCCCUCCGGCCCCGGACCCCAUGACCAACUCCUCCCUCCUGGACCGCACGGCCGCCUGCCGCAUCCUGGACCUUACAGACCUCCACGACCCGGCCUCUACCAUCUCCCACCAGGUCCUCAUGGUCCUCUUCCACCUAAUGUACCUUCUCACCUUCAUGGGCCUCCGCUACCAGCCAACGGGCACCCAGGUAUGCCACUGCCUGGACCAAUGGGAGGAGAGUUUGGACCUCGACCCGCCAACGGACAUGCAUUCCACCCCAGGCCAGGCCCCGGACAUGUCAUGGACCCUCGAGGUCCACUACCGGCACACUUCCGUCCCCCUCCACCUCAUCACUUUGGGCCGAUGCCUCCGCCACAUGGUGUCCGUGGACCUAUGGGACCACGUCCAUUCGUCCCUCUUGACAUGCGCUACCCAGGACCGCGUGACCACACCAGCCAACCAAUGAACCUUCCUCCAGGCGUCCCUCCCCAUCCCCACGGUGAUGCAUAUGGUCACGCUCCACCCGAUGCCCUCCAGAACUUGCACAGCGGCCCCAGACAGGACCUGCAUGUGAAGCAGGAGGCCCCUCAGGACUCAACGAGACCGCCGACGGUCAAGCCUUAAAGACGCCACCAGCUUUGGCGGAGGACUUGAAUUUACCCAGAAUGCACAUUAACAACAAAAUCCAUUCCGAACAUAGGUCAUGGUUAUUUUCAUAUUUCAGUUAUAAAAUAAAAGCUUCAUUUAUGUUUAUUAAAAAAAGAAAAAGAAUAUGAUCCUUUAAAGCAUCAAUAAUUAUGUGUCUGAAAUCAAUGAGUUAAAAGGGUUGCCACUUUUCUAAACUGCUUAUUGUGCAAUAAUAAUUAAUUAUAUGCCAGAGGGUUUUCCUUUUUUGUUCUUUUAAAAAAAUAUAUAUAUAUAUAGUAAUGAUUUUUAAGGGGCAAUUUUUUAAAUGUCAUUUCCUGUGGAAAUUAUUUUAAGAAAGGAGAAAAAGGAGGGAGUUCAGCUUCUAGCAUUCAGGAAUACCAUCAUUUCUCAAAGCUGUUGCUUUAGAGCUGACUGUAAAGCAAAUGUGUAAUUUGAUGGCCAGAUGUAUAACUUAUUUUACUAUGUUGGUAGAACUUUUAAUAAUAAAGAAUGCAAAAGCUG